AUGAGGCGCUGCCCGUGCCGGGGGAGUCUGAACGAGGCUGAGGCCGGGAAGCUGCUGGGGGCGGCCCGCAUGGGGCUGGAGGCGCCGCGAGGGGGGCGGCGGCGGCAGCGGCAGCCGGGGCCGCAGAGACCUGGGCCCGGUGCCGGAGGCCCGGCGGGGCGACCAGAGGGGGGCGGGCCCCAGGCCAGGACCAAGGGGUCCUGCCUCCACUCCGAACGCGAGAGGGCCGGCCUCGGGCCUGAACCGGGGACAGACAGACAGGCUGAGCCUGAAGCAGCUGGCCUCGGAGCGGAGACGGAGCGGCCCAGCCAAAAGACGGAGCCAGACAGGUCCAGCCUCUGGACACAUCCAGAAAGGAGCAGCCACUGGUCAGAGCUGGAGACAGCCGGACCCUGGACGGAGACUGGGACAGACGGAUUUUGUACAGAUCCACGCAGGUCCGAUCUUCAGUCUCAGUCAGAGAGGGCCAGACCCUGGACACAGCCAGGCGUUGAUGGGCCAUGGACAGAGUUAGAAAUACAUGGGUCACAGACCCAGCCAGAGAGGUCCAAGCCCCGGGCCGAUAACCUCUGGACCCACCAGAAGAGGUCCAGCCUUCGGACGCAGCCAGAGGGGGCCUAUCUCUCAACAGAGCCAAGUAUUGAUGGCUCCAGAAGACAGCAGUAUCCUGAAGACCCCUGGACAGAGUCUUACACAGAUGACUCCCAGAUACAACAGGAUACUGAAACAGCCUGGAAACAGGUUGGCACUGAUGGUUUCCCAACACAACAAACUACUGAUGGCUCCUGGACACAUCCUGGCACUGAUGGUACACAAACACAAGAUACUCAUGGACCCCAGACAGAGCCUGGGACAGACGGCCUUUUGGGGGAGCCCAACCAAGAUGGCCCAUUAGAAGAACCAGAACCUGGGGAGUUGGUGACUCACCUGUGCUCUCACCUGGAGUAUAGCUCCCUGAUCCCUGUGCCCCGCCUCAUCAUCACUCCUGAAACUCCUGAGCCUGAGGCUCAGAGAAUGGGACCCCUCUCCCAGGUUGAGGUGGGCAGUGGCGGCUUCUCCUCUGCCUCUUCUUUCGACGAGUCUGAGGAUGACGUGGUGGCCGGGGGUGGAGGUGCCAGCGACCCCGAGGACAGGUCUGGGAACAAACCUUGGAAGAAACUGAAGACGGUUCUGAAGUAUUCGCCCUUCAUGGUCUCAUUCCGAAAACACUACCCUUGGGUCCAGCUAUCCGGACAUGCUGGGAACUUCCAGGCUGGAGAGGAUGGUCGGAUUCUAAAACGUUUCUGUCAGUGUGAGCAGCGCAGCUUGGAGCAGCUGAUGAAUGACCCCCUACGGCCUUUUGUGCCAACCUAUUAUGGCAUAGUGCAGAAGGAUGGUCAGGCCUUCAACCAGAUGGAAGAUCUCCUGGCGGACUUUGAGGGCCCUUCCAUCAUGGACUGCAAGAUGGGCAGCAGGACCUACCUGGAGGAGGAGCUGGUGAAGGCUCGAGAACGGCCUCGGCCCCGGAAGGAUAUGUAUGAGAAGAUGGUGGCUGUGGACCCUGGGGCCCCCACCCCUGAGGAGCAUGCCCAGGGUGCUGUCACCAAGCCCCGCUACAUGCAGUGGAGGGAGACUGUGAGCUCGACCUCCACCCUGGGCUUCCGGAUUGAGGGCAUCAAGAAAGCCGACGGGACCUGCAACACCAACUUCAAGAAGACACAGGAGCUGGAGCAGGUGACAAAGGUGUUGGAGGACUUUGUGGAUGGGAACUGUGGAAUCCUGGGAAAGUAUGUGGCACGCCUAGAAGAACUUCGUGAAGCUCUGGAGAACUCCCCCUUCUUCAAGACCCAUGAGGUAGUGGGCAGCUCCCUUCUCUUUGUGCACGACCACAGUGGCCUGGCCAAGGUUUGGAUGAUUGACUUCGGCAAGACAGUGGCUCUGCCUGACCACCAGACACUCAGCCACCGACUGCCCUGGACUGAGGGUAACCGUGAGGAUGGCUACCUCUGGGGCCUGGACAACAUGAUUCACAUUCUUCAGGGGCUGGCCCAGAGCUGACCCACUUGCCUGCUGCCAGGUUUUUUAUUGGAUGGUACUCGGCUGGCCGGAAGAGCCCCAAGGUAUGCAGGGGCCUGAGGUUGGCCAUGGAGGCACUGGCCUCAGGGACAGGAGAGGUGUUGUACACCACCCAAGCCCAGGACAGAUCUGAAGGGCCUUGGAGACCACGUAGUGCCCAGCUCUUUCAUGAUACUGGGGUUGUAAAGACUAGAGAGGGGACAUGACACGGUUGGGUCCCACUGAGAGUCAAAACCAGACUGGGUCUUCAAACCAGCAAGGAAGAUUCCCGAGGGGCUGCUGGAGGCCCCAACUAAACCACAUACCCUGAAAGAACACGAUUCAGAUGCUAUAGGGUGCUGGCCUGACACGCGCCUAUUACUAUGUGAAUGACUCUAAUCAGUGCUCAUAGGCCUCGUCCUGCCAGAAGCAGGCUCAAGGCCAGGGACCAGUCAGCUCCAUCUGUGGUGCCUGGAGGACCAGACCUCAUUUGUGAACAAAUGCUGGAGCUGGCUUGUCUGCCUGGGAGCGUUAUGGCCCCAUCACUUUGGGGCUCUUCAAGUGCUGACAGAGACUCUGCGGAGGGUGUGAUGCCACGGGACUGGCCCGCCGCUGCUCUCCUGCCCUCCCAGAGCCCCUUGGAUCCUCCCCACUCCUGGGAGAACUCUGCUGACACCCUGCAGACCAAAACCACAGCCACAUCCGGUGCCAGAACUGUGACCAGCACAACCUCAUUCCUCCUCGGGCGCCACCUCAGCCUCUGGACUUCCCCCGUCCCCCCUUACCCUUUUAGGGGCCCUUUAUUUCAGCCACCUGAGGUGGCGAGAAGGGCUUUCAGGGCAGGGAAGGCAGCUUGGGAAUUAGAGCUGCCGUCCUUGGGUGGCUCCCAUCCCACCCCGGGGCCUCUGCUGUGAGAAGUGCCUGGCUGAGGCCAGGUGCUUAGGGUGGGUGGGGCUGCUGGCUAAGCCAAAGACCUCAGCAUCCUGAAGUGAGCAGCCCCUCUUGUACCUGUAACUGGCUUCAGUCCCACAGGGCUGGGCUAGGGGAGGACAAGCACCUCUAAGGUAAAGUUCUGACAUGGUCUUUCAGGGCUCAGGAGGCACGCUCCUCACCUAUUGACCUUUAAACUUUAUACCAGACAGAUGUUAGAUGAGGCAGUGCUGGGGAACUGGGGGCAACAUCCCUUAACUGCCACCCGAUCCCCCAUGACAACUCCCCAGUUAACAGAACAUUCAAAGCCAACCUCAUGGAACUUUUUCAGUCAGGGGUGUGUGGGCUCAAAACUCAUAAUCUUGAGCUUGGAUAGCAGGACAGUGACCAGUUUGGAAUGGAGAUGCAGGCUUGGAGAAUUCACUAAGCAGCCCUUCUUGUGCCUGGCUCUGAGCUGCGUAAGGCAGGUAAGAGCAGCGACGAAGACAGUGCCCCUGACAGUGUGCCCACCAUUGUCAGGGCUGGGAAGGGGCCGCGGCCAGGAUGGAGGCCUCCCCACUUCUGCUUAUAAACACUAAAACCCCAAAACACACUAUGUAUAUGCUGUAGUGUCUCUGAAGUUCCUUGGCACUGCAGACAUGGCAGUGACUAAAAUACACCUGUUCUCUCCCCUUUCAAAGGGCAGGCAACGGUAUUCAUUAAAUGAAUUAAAAACAUGUAUCUAUUUAGAUAUAUUUGUGUAGGUACUAACUUCCUGGUCUGAAUCCUGACCCUGUCACUUGCCAAGUCAUCUGACCUUAGGCUGGUGACUGCACUCCAAGCCCGUCUCUCU